AUGGGCCCCACGGCGAGGUUGAUACGGUUGUCGACGCCCUCCCGUAUUGUCCCAGGACUUGUCAAAGGACGAUACCUGGCGCGAAGGGCGUCAUCGACAUCACAGAACCCUAAUAAGGAAGCCCCCGUUGCCCACCACCACCGACCUCCGAGUCACCACCACCAUCACGUCACUUAUUCCGAGACCGACGAUGCUGUCCCGUGGCUAGCUAAACAGCCCCUACAUCGAUUGAGUCUGGCAGACUUGGUCAACGCCGAAGCCCUCCUCUCCUCGGCGCGCUUCACCCUCUCCCUCCUCCCCAUUCGACUAGCCCAUAGGAUCCAGGCCCUCCGCAACCUCCCCUAUAUCGUGGUGUCCAACCCCAACAUCCGCAAAAUCUACAACAACUACCAACACUCACUCUCCACCCUCCUCCCCUGGCAAGGCCGCACAAUCUCUAACCUCGAAGACGAAAUCCGCUUCACUGAAGUCCUCGCCGAGCUAGUCCAAACCCACACCGACACCAUCCCCAUUCUCGCCCGGGGGUUCUUGGAGUGCAGGAAAUACAUCUCCCCCGGCGAGGUAACCCGCUUCCUCGACCAGCACCUCCGCGCCCGUAUCGGGACCAGGUUGGUAGCCGAGCAGCACAUCGCCUUGCAUUAUUCCUCCAGCCCGCACUUUGACCCACCCUCCUCCCCUACACCAUGCCCUGAAACCCCGGGGUACAUCGGGGUCAUUGACACGGCCCUCCGCCCGGCAUCAACAGUCGACUCGUGCGGCAGUUUUGUCGCCGACAUCUGCGAGCUCAAUUAUGGGGUGAGACCAGAAUGGUUCAUCAACGGCAGCCCCGAGACAACCUUUGCCUUUGUCCCCACACACCUAGAGUACAUCAUCACCGAGCUCCUCAAGAACGCUUUCCGGGCCACAGUCGAAAACGGUCAGAGUAAAUCCCCGGUGGAGAUCACCAUAGCUCCCGAGCCACCUUCGUCCGUCACAACCCCCAUCACGCUCUCCCCACCGUCUGUCUCUUUGGGGGCGUUCAACAAAGACCAUAUCCAGCCCCUUGACGACAAUGCCCCCGGGGUGACGAUCAGAAUCCGGGAUCGGGGAGGUGGUAUCGGCCCAGAGGUGCUGCCGCACAUUUGGUCUUACAGCUUCACCACCUUUUCGGAGAAUGAGGACGAUCCCCCUGGGGCAUGGAGCGAUGACGCGCUGAGCGUGAUCUCGGCGGCGAGCAGCGGGGGGAGCUCGAUUGCUGGGCUGGGGUAUGGGCUGCCGUUGAGCAGGGCGUAUGCCGAGUAUUUUGGGGGUGGGAUCAAGGUGCAGAGUUUGCAUGGGUGGGGGACGGAUGUGUAUUUGAGGUUGAAGGGGGUGGGGAGGAUUGAGUAA